CCCCGCCGCCAACAACAAUAACCGCGGCUGCUCGUCCUGCCGCCGCCGCGCCCGCCAGCCCUGCUGCCGCCGCCGCCGCCGCCGCCGCCGCCGCCACCGCCGCCGCCGCCGCCGCCGCUGCCGCCGGGGCACAACCAUGGGAGGCGAGACCCCCGCACCGGUGCAGCUGAGCUCGAGGGCUUGCAGAAGACUGGGCAGUCUCCUCUGAAACGGAGGCGCCCCGAGGACCCCCUCCCUCCCCAAGGAAGAGAACUGGCGAAGCCACGGAUUUUCAUGGCGCAGGCCGCAGAGCCGCGAACGAAGACCGAAGGUUGCUUCCCAGCUCUCCCAGUCUCUAACUGUCUAGGUCUGGACCAUGAGAGAUGGUGUUGAGCAUUCGGCUAUUCCCUGGCGCGCUGUGGAAGCCAUCUCCAAAUUAGCGAUCACAUAUGGAAACUGGAGACCAGAAUUUUAGGAAAAGAGAUUAAGGCAUCUCACUUUGGGGGGGUGGGGGGUGUCUUUUUAUUUAUUUUUUCCCCUUUUUUAAAAAAAUAAUCGCUGCAACUGGAACAGUUUUUUGAUCUCAAAAGGCAAGCCUCUCUUCCCGUGUGAUCUUUAUAAUUUACACACUUUUCCGUGAGCUUUCUUAUCUCCCUUUUUUUAUAUCUCUCCAUAUUCUCUAUUCACACAUAUAUCCAUUAUAUUAGUAGUGGAAUUACCAUUGGCACCCUCACACACACGCUCCUGAGAACCAGAAGUCGGUUGGGUGUUUAUAUAAUGAAGAAUUAUGGGGCUGUUUGAUCGAGGUGUUCAAAUGCUUUUAACCACCGUUGGUGCUUUCGCUGCCUUCAGCUUGAUGACCAUCGCUGUGGGAACCGACUAUUGGCUCUACUCCAGAGGGGUUUGCAAGACCAAAAGUGUCAGUGAGAAUGAAACCAGCAAAAAGAACGAGGAAGUUAUGACCCAUUCCGGAUUAUGGAGAACCUGCUGCCUCGAAGGGAACUUCAAAGGUCUGUGCAAGCAAAUCGACCACUUUCCGGAAGACGCGGACUACGAGGCGGACACCGCAGAGUAUUUCCUCCGGGCCGUGAGGGCCUCGAGCAUCUUCCCAAUCCUGAGUGUGAUCCUGCUCUUCAUGGGUGGUCUCUGCAUUGCAGCAAGCGAGUUUUACAAGACACGCCACAACAUCAUCCUGAGCGCUGGCAUCUUCUUUGUGUCUGCAGGUCUGAGUAACAUCAUCGGGAUCAUUGUGUAUAUAUCAGCCAAUGCUGGAGACCCCUCCAAGAGUGACUCCAAAAAAAACAGCUACUCCUACGGCUGGUCCUUCUACUUCGGGGCCCUGUCCUUCAUCAUCGCCGAGAUGGUCGGGGUGCUGGCCGUGCACAUGUUUAUCGACCGCCACAAACAGCUGCGGGCCACGGCCCGCGCCACCGACUACCUCCAGGCCUCCGCCAUCACCCGCAUUCCCAGCUACCGCUACCGUUACCAGCGCCGCAGCCGCUCCAGCUCGCGCUCCACUGAGCCCUCUCACUCCAGGGACGCCUCGCCCGUGGGCGUGAAGGGCUUCAACACCCUGCCGUCCACGGAGAUCUCCAUGUACACCCUCAGUAGGGACCCCCUGAAGGCUGCCACCACGCCCACCGCCACCUACAACUCGGACAGGGAUAACAGCUUUCUCCAGGUCCACAACUGUAUCCAGAAGGACAGCAAGGACUCUCUCCACGCCAACACAGCCAACCGCCGGACCACGCCCGUAUGAAGACCGUGGGACCGGGGGACCCGGGAGGCUUGGCCCGCGGGCGGGGGAGGGAACCGCAGCAGCCACGGGGAGACCUUUCACACGCAAAAAAAAAAAAACAAAAACAAAAACAAACAAACAAGCAAACAAACAAAAAAACAAAAAACAACAAAAAAAGAGAAAAAUAUAUAGCAAGUAAAUUAAAAAAAAAAAAAGAACAAAAUACAAGAGGAACAAAAUCAAAACCACAGGUUAUGCGGGGGAAAAUAUAACCGAGGGAAAACAAACUUUAAACAAAGCAAGAGGGAUAAAAUUAAAAUAGAAAAUAAAUCUAAAAGAAAAUGCAUGAUUUCCCAUGUACCAUUAUUUUAACAUUUAAUAAAAACCAAUUUAAAUGAAAAAAUAAAAGGGAACCAAGAUAAUGUAAAGCAAAACAAAAAACAAAAAAACAAAAAAAAAGAAAAAAACACACAAAAAAAGAGGAAAGCAAGAGAGUAUUUAUUAGGGUUUUAUGUUGCCUUUGUUUUUGUUUUUGUUUUGUUUUAACUGCAGGGAAAGUUUAAAAAUAAAAAAAUUAAAAAAUAAAAAUAAAAAAAACGCAUUCUUUUCCCUUUAACCCCAGUGGGCCCUGCCUCCCGGGGAGAGUAAGGAGUAGAGACUCAGGGCCCCCAGGGCCAGGGGAGCAAUGGUCACUGCCAAGACCCUGGAUCCCUGGCUGGGCCCUGGGGUUCUGGGGAAGUCCAAUGGCUCUGCAGCCAACUCUACCCAGCACCAAUGGGGCAGUUGCAGGCCUCCAGGUGACCCAAGCCCUUGGUCCGCCCCUGUCCGUUAGGUGCCUGGAGGUGGUGCGCUUGGGGCCGCCCAGCCCCAGGUUCCCAGUCCUUAAUGGUCCUUAACCCACUGUGAUGACUUCCUAGGCCUUGAGGAAAGGGAAGGAGGCGGGAUGACCGCUGGUGGCUCACAGAGAAACCAGCUCCCUGGAAUCCUCAGGGGGAGCCUUUGGGGGUCAGUAACCCCGAGCUUCUGUCCUUGGAGGCAGGAGACACCCACCCCCCAGGGGAUAGAGAGCAGCCGUCCCUCCUCACCCCUCACCUCAGGGCCACUAGGUGACCCUGGGGCGACGGUGGACCCCCACACUCACAGGCCCCUGCCCCCCCCGGGAAGGGGGCUCAUUGACCCUUUGGGGGUCCGUGGACUCACUGAUACCCCUCUGGGGGGGCCCAGUGAGUCCAACAAUGACAUUGCAAAAAGGUUUCUUUUUACAAAAGAAAAAGGAAAAACAAGUGGUGAUUUUUUUUAAUAAAAAACCACAGACUAUAAAUAAAUGUAAA